AUGCUACGAAUAGUGUUUCUUGCGACGGACCUGGCCAGCCGAGUAUCGCGACAGCUUCUGACGCCGCGGGCGACCAACGACAUAUUACCCUCUCUCAAGUUCAAUGACAAUGGCACUUUCCAGAUGUCAAUCUUCUCCGACAUGCAUUUCGGGCAGUAUGAGUCCAGCAUUGGUCCGGCCCAAGACCGCAACACAGUCCGCGUGAUCGGCGAUGUUCUCGACUUUGAUCGUCCAGAGCUCGUCGUUCUGAACGGGGACUUGAUCGACGGCGACAGCACGCAGAGCCACAACAGCACGCACUACAUUGAUCAAAUCGUCGCUCCCAUCGUGCGCAGGAAUCUCACAUGGGCCUCUACCUACGGAAACCACGAUCACAGCUACUCUGCGGACAGCGGCGAUAUUUUGAAGCGGGAACAGAUGUGGCCCGGGGCACGAACGCGGAACAUGGUGACGGCACAAGACGCAGGAACCACAAACUACUAUCUUCUCGUGUAUCCAGCAGCCUGUGCCGGAGAUGGUUGCACUCCGGAGCUUGUCCUGUGGUUUUUCGACAGCCGCGGAGGCUUUUACUUCCAAGGCGUUGCGCAGGCAAAUUGGGUGCACGCCAGCGUCGUGACCUGGUUCAACGAAACCAAUGCAUUGUUAACGAAAAGGUACCAAAGGGUCAUUCCGUCGCUUGCAUUCGUCCAUAUCCCCAUUAAUGCGACACGGGCAAUGCAAACCGACGCCAAGCCAAAGCCUCACUACCAGCCGGGCAUAGACGACAAGCUAGCUGUCGCCCAGCAAGGCGAAGGCUGGUGCCGCAACAAUAGCCUGCACGAGACGUGCGACUAUGGCGGGCAAGACGAGCCCUUUAUGCAGGCUCUGGUCGGCAUCCCGGGUCUCAUGGGACUCUUUUACGGCCACGACCACGGGAAGAGCUGGUGCUACCGGUGGGAUUCCCGCCUGCCGGGGAUGGAUGUUGUUGGCAACGGGCUCAACUUGUGCUACGGCCAACACUCUGGAUACGGAGGGUACGGCGACUGGAUACGAGGCGCCAGGGAGGUUGUCGUGAGGCGAGACAAACUUGCCGCUUUGACUGUCGACACGUACGUCCGCCUCGAAUCGGGGGCUGUUGUCGGUGCUGUGACGCUGAAUUCGUCCUUUAACAGCGACCGCUACCCUGCUACGCCGAAUCAAUUCACGUACAUGGAUAAGACUGUGAAUGGGCGCGUCAAGGUGUUUCGCUCUGGGUCGUCGAGGCUGGAGGUUUGCGAUAAAUGGGCACGUUUUUAUUAUGUCGUGGCAUGGGCAAUGUUUUGGCAUUUGCUCUUUGGGGCAACUUGA